CUUUUAGUCAGUUUGCAACUCGCCAGUAAAUCCACAGAAGAAUAACACGCCAUAAGGCUGCGCCGCGCUCCUGUGUCUGAUGUGAUUCGUCUGAAGAAAGGACAGAGGGUCCGAACAAACUGGAAAACUCUUUGUGAUACAACUGAGAUCCACGUGACGUACAAAAUGGCGUUCGUUAAAGAGGAGAGUGAAGAAAUGAAGAUUGAAGAAGCAUUCAGAGUGAAACAAGAAGAUACUGAGAAACAAAUAGACUUGAUGGUGCCGAAAGAGGAGGGUCAAGAGCAGAAUGAAAUCAAAGAUCAUUAUGAAAAACAUCAUGAUCUCAUGACUGGAAAAAAGACCUCGCAAAAAAGAGCUAAAAAGACAGGAGUUAAAAAGUGUUUCACCUGCCAGCAGUGUGGAAAGACUUUUGAUCAACGUGGGAACCUAAAAGUCCACAUAAGAAUUCACAAUGGAGAGAAGCCUCACACCUGCAAACAUUGUGGAAAGAGUUUUAAUGAAAAAGGAAACCUUAAUGUUCACACGAGAAUUCACACUGGAGAGAGGCCUUACAUCUGUCAACAAUGUGGAAAGGGUUUCACUCAAAAAGGAAACCUUCAAGUCCACAUGAGAAUUCACACUGGAGAGAGUCUUUUCAACUGCCAACAGUGUGGAAAGAAUUUCAGUGGAAAGGGAAAUCUUAAAAAACACAUGAGAAUUCACACUGGAGAGGGGCUUUUCACCUGCCAACAGUGUGGGAAGACUUUUACUCAAAAUGGAAACCUUAAAAAGCACAUAAGAAUUCACACCGGAGAGAAGCCUUACACCUGCAAACUAUGUGGGAAGAGCUUCACACGGGAAGUAGGCCUUAGGUAUCACAUGAACAUUCACACUGGAGAAAAGCCGUUCGUAUGUGGUCAGUGUGGAAAGAGUUUUAGCCGUAAAGAGACCCUUGAGACCCACAUGAGGAUUCACACUGGAGAGAAGCCGUUCACGUGUGUUCAGUGUGGAAAAAGUUUCAGAUGUAGAGAAAACCUUAGAGGACACAUGAGGAUUCACUCCAGAGAGAACUGCUUUAUAUGUCAUCAGUGUGGAAGAAGUUUUACAGACAUUAAUCGCCUUAAGAAUCAUGUAAUAACUCACACAGGGGAGAAGCCUUUCAUAUGCCAUCACUGUGGAAAUAGUUUUACAAGUGAAGGGAAGCUUAAAACUCACAUGAGACUUCACACUGGAAAGAGGCCUUUCACGUGUCUUCAGCGUAAGAAGAGUUUCACAUAUCAAAGAGACAAGAAACGUCAUUUGCAAAUUCCUUCUGGAGGAAAGACAUUUAAUUGUGAUCAGUGUGAUAAAAAAUUUCUUUUGCCGGCACACUUACAGAUACACCUGAAAAGUCACACAGAUUUGAGACCCUAUUCGUGUUCUUUGUGUGGAAAAAGUUUCAAAUGGCUCAGCGAUUUAAAAUGGCAUCAGAAAAUACGUAUCUGUGUGAAAUUAAGGCUACGUUCACGCCGCAGAUGAAUGUGGGACAAAUUGGAUUUUCUUCUCAAGGUGUUCCAUUGUAUAUAGGCGUCGCUCCAUUCCAUAUAUGGGCCGUUCUACAGAAUUGGUUCAAGGUCAGAGUUGGAAAACGUCUUGAAAAAAAUUUAUCUUUUUCCACAGAUUUUGUAUGUAUGCAAAUUAAAUAAUAUCCAAGGUACUCAUUUCUAGUAAUUGUGCAGUUAAUUCUCAUAUUCUAUUUUCAGAAAAUGUCACUACCGAAACACAAUAAUAACUUAAUAAGAAGGGUUAUAUUGACUUAAGAUUUUGUUUACAUCAGCCUUGUAAAUAUAUUUUUGC